CAAGCUAAAGCCGCGGAUUAGCUAACAGCUAGCUAGUUAGCUCGUUGUUUAACGUUGGUUUUUGCUGUCAUACGGCUUCAAGAAUGUCAGGACGAGAAAAUAACGAGACUCUGUUUUCAUUUGAGCUUUUGGUGGAAUCCAUCAAAGUCGAGAAAGAAAGUCAAGUUUCCGACGAGCUCGCUCUUGGAGUAAGACUGCUGGAUUUCCCAACGCUGCUCAUUUAUCAGCCUGAGAAAAGCAAUGCUGGAGUGAAGCAACAUGCAGAUAAUGGAAAGGAUCAGCAAGGGGAAUAUGCCUUCAACAGAGGGAAGUCUUGCUUCUUCAAAAUGAACCUGAACUCACUGCAUACUCAUCUAUCCAACACUCCUCUGUAUGCUAUGGUGCUGGAUGUGAAAGAAGAGAUCCCCAAAUUAGUUGGUAGCUCUCUUGUGUCACUGGCAAAAGCGAUGGACAGAAUCAGGCAGGAUGUGAAUGAACGUGGUGUUUCUACUCCCUCAUCUCACGGUGAAAGUGGGGUUGUGGGUAUAUGCGACCUCAUGGGGGAGAAAAUUGGAUCAAUUUCCCUGAGUUACAAACUUCUAAGUCUGGGAGCUAGUUUACUGCCACACAUCACGGAAAGCAGUAGUGCACAUGGCGGAAAACAUUUACAAAACAGAAUAAUGGAGAAACAAAUCACAGAAUCAGCGGCUCUUGAUGAGAAUACCUUAAAAAGUGAGGAUAAACGGGACAAUGGUUUUCCUGUUGUCCUGCAGACUGAAAACAAACCAGGUAGACAAAUGCCCCCCCAUGAAGAAACUAAUGAAAAUAAUUUUGAAGACGAUUUAAGUCUUUUUUGUCCGCCACAUCUCUUCUAUAAUAAUUCUGCAGAGAAAAAACAUACAAUUAGGGAAGGGGAUUGCAAUACUCUGAAUUUAGACUCUGAGGCUUUCCCAUUUGAAGACACUGAAGAUGAAACAAGUAAAAAUACAAAUGAAGUGGCAAGUUCUCCAGUGAUAGAGCAGAAACUAAGACAUGAAAAAACAGCAAAGAAACAAGAAACAUGUGAGGUGCCUCUGAAUGUCCUGGGGGAAGCUGUAAGACAGUUGCCUCUGUUAAAUGCGCUUCUUGUUGAGCUGUCACAGUUGAAUGGCCAGAAUUCAAGCCAGCCUCUGUCUAUACAUCCAAAUUUAUCAUGGAUUUACAGGCCGGCAUCCACAGAGCCUACAGGUGAACAUGGAAACACACCAGGAAAAGUGUCUUUGCAGAAAACCAAACAGAGGACUAGUCAACACUUAAAGCAUGUACAUUCCCCCAGAUACUGUUCUACACCUGCAUCUAUCAAAGAGAGAGUCAAAAAGGAAGAGGCUGAAAUAUCCAGUAAAUCUCCUCACAAGAAGCUUGUGUACGGUACGACCAGAACAUUCAAUCUAAGACUGAAGAAAAUGUCCCCUCUUAAAGUAAAACGACGGGAAUGCAUGGACUUAAUACAAAGUGAAACGCAGUCAAGUAUCACCAAAGCUAAGACAAAGUCAAGUAAAACCAUUGUCAAGUCCAGCCAAAUAAAGUCAGCAUUAGAUCAGAGCUCCAGUCUAAAUGAAAAUGUCGAGACAAUGAUGCAAAACAUUGCAGUGGACUCUGAAUUUCAGGACACAUUCACACUAAAACAUGGCAAAGCUCGGGGUAAACAAAAUACAGACUUUUUGAGAAAUUCAGCAAAAUCUCUUUCUGAAAAAGACUUGAAGUGUAUUCACAUCCCCAGUGUGGAAGGUGAUGAUGUUACCCAAAAUGAAGAAGAUAAGGAGCAUCUCAGUGACUCAAAUCAAGUAAAAUCACAGCCUGCAUCUCACAGACAUACCAGCCCAAAAUCUUCAUUUUCAGACUCCAGCAGAGAAGGAAACGAGGAGGCAGACUAUGCUGAUGACUUUAACAGCCUGGAGCCCAGCGAUGCCUACUCCCCUGACCCCGUGAGCAGCCCCGAACCCUCUAGAGCCAAGACCCCAUGCUCUCCUCUCCGUCACUCUGACUCCGAAUGGGUUCAGAAGAGAGCAGUCCUCCCUGUGCCCGUCAAAGCCCCCCACUCUCCACAGCACGCUCUGAGGGGGGCGCACAUAAUCCGACCCCGAACCCAGGCCUCCGCCCUCAGCUUGUCCUCUGAUGACAGUGACCAAGAAGGGUCAAGCUCCUUGCAGACCAUAUGCUCCAGAAAACCGAAGACAUGGAGCAGUACAGCAGAAAAGAGCUCUGAUGCUGAGAGUUUGAUAUCAUCCAGAGGUAAAAAGAGUGGGUCAUCCAAGAACAGUGGUCCUGUGGGAAGAUUUUCUGCUGGGUCAGUGUCCUCCUUUGAACAGCAAGAGAUAGAGGAACUGGAGGACGAACUUGGAUCUCUGGAUUUCAAAAAAGGGUAUAAGCAUAUCUCUGAGCUAGUGGCCAACAAACUCCCUGGUUACACCAUGUAAAAAAAAUGCAUAGAAUUCUACAUCAAGGUUAAAAUAUUUCCAAAUGGCAGUUUAGUUCUAGCAAAUAUGUAAAUGUGUAUACGUUUUCUUCUUAGUAGUAUCUGACACCUUUGAAUAAAGAGACGUUUUUGGGGGGAAAUAAUGUGAUCACUUUACUUCUUAAUCUCUCAGUUAAUACCAGGCUACUAUACAUUUGCAUAACUUCUUGUAAGAUGAGUCUUUAGUGACAUAAAAGGAUGAAAUCUCCCUGUGCACAUCAUUUAUGCAAAUCAUUUUAACUAACAUUUAAGCUGUUGUUUCCAUUCGAGUUGUCAGAACUUGAAAGUCUCCAGACAGGAUGUUUCCUUUAACCACCUGCUACUUUGCAUUUGUCCGUUGAUAUUAUGUGAUAAGCAAAACAGAGACGGAUAGUAUUUUAAAACUGGUAUGGUGUGCUUUUUAACAGAGAGACAAUUAAAACUUACUCAUUUGUAAUGGUGGAAAUCCAAAUGAUUAAUUAAAGUAAGUACAUUUAGAAUGUAUGUACUGUAAUUAAGUAAACCUCUAACAGAGUUGCUGAAUUUUAUGCUCCUUAAUAAUUAUACUCCAUUACUUCACAGAGGGAUCUUCUGUACAUUUUACUUUAUUACA